GUCAGAUGCUAGCUGAGUGUUGUGAGCAGUUCACAGGGCGAAUAAUGGGGAAAGAUGAGUUUAGGUGUGUUGAAUGUAACGAAAAAGCAACGGAGUUACACCGGGAUUACAGUAACGGCAUCCUGAAGAUAACCAUAUGUGAGUCGUGCCAGAAGCCGGUGGACAAGUACAUUGAAUAUGACCCAGUUAUCAUCCUGAUUGAUGCCAUUCUGUGUAAGACGCAGGCGUUCAGACACAUUCUGUUCAACACAAGCUUGAAUAUCCACUGGAAGUUGUGUGUGUUCUGCCUGCUGUGUGAGGCUUACCUCAGGUGGUCUCUGCUCCACGGCUCCAAGCAGAGCAGUGACCCUGCUGACAUCAUCAGGUACACCAAGGAAUGGGAGUUCUACCGCAUGUUUGGAUUGGCCGCCCUCGAGCUGUCAGUGUUCUGCUGCGGUGUGCUGUGGUUCCUCUGGGUGGUGGCGGGUCGCCUGCAGGGUGGGACCCUGGAGCCCAGCCUGCUCCUCAGAGCCCUGCUGCUGUCCUGCUAUGGCAAAGUCCUCCUCAUCCCCGCCGUCAUCUGGGAGCACGACUAUUCUCCGCUCUGCCUGGGCCUCAUCAAGAUGUUUGUGCUCACCUCAAACUCACAGGCUAUCAGAGUGAUCCUCAACAGCAGGAGACGUCUGUCGCUGAUGGCCGUGUGUUUCGGCCUGCUGUCAGAGACCUGCGUGGCUCAGGCCUGUAAAAAGCUCCCGUGGAGCAUCCAGGACAUGCUGACAUUUGAGUGAAUGACACAAAUGUCCGUUAUCUCAGGGAUGAACAAGUGAUCGUGGAACCUGUGCCAGAGACAGACAGUUUUUAAUGAGCCCUCUACAAUUGGUGUCGGAGAAGAUAAAGAAUAUUUUGAAGUGUUCCUGCUGGUCAGAGCCAGAGACAGAAAGCAGCAGAAGAGAUUUUAUCAUUAUUUUCUUGUACUCGGUAGAGAAAAAGAUUCAUCUUCAUUUUUGAGGGACGUUGAGGACGUGGCUAUGGACCUUCUCUUGAUUUUCCUUUUGUUUUUAAAGACAACGAGCUCAGGAUUCCUGUGAGAUUUUACUUGAUUUAAUUGCUUCAUUAGGACAGACCUACCGAGAGGACCUACAGCAUGGGAACAUCCCUGGAUGUAACCUGUGCCUUUCAUACACUAAAAGACUUUGAAAAGACUUUUAAAAGACUAAAGUCUGAUACCCUCCAGGGUCACUAUUUGCAGGACUGCAACUAGAUUUCCUGUCCUGUUCCGGUGGAAAAUACUACGCCAAACUCCCUUUAAAAAAAUAUGACAAAAUAACAAUUUCUUACAUGUCCGCAAAAACACAUAAUUCUAAAAACACAAGAUAAAAGGCAUCAUAUCCUCCUGAGACCCUGUGUCCUCAUUUGAGAACAUUACAUUUUGGGUUUACUUGAUCUUAUACUUGAUUCUACUUAACUUAGACCUGCUGUCCUUGUUCGUGGACACUCUUUGUGCCAUCUAGUGGUCGUAAGAGCACAGUACACCAAUCUAUGUAAAAACAAGGUGGCAGCCAUCUCUGCUAAGUCAGUCUGCAGCUGCUCCGACACAAAAAAAGCCAUGGUCCAAAACCUGAUCACAUUUUAUGGCUGAAACGUGUCUAUUUAUAAUUAAUAAUGUUUGUAGUUUGAUAUGGCAACAAAUUUGACCAAUUUUAGCAACAGUAACAAGCUAAGACGCUGUUAAUUAGGAAGUACUCGUUACAAGACAUUGGGAUUUUAUUAUUGUCUUGAGGAUACUGGGACUUUGUUAUUAUUGACAGUGAUUAGGUUUUUAUACUUACCAGGUCCUAUUGAUCCCAAAUAGCUAGGAGGAAUUAAAAAUGCAUACCAAACAAAAGUUCGGGUCUCGGGAGGAUAUGUCAACAGUAUUCUUGUCAAUUCAGCAUCAAUGUAGUCUAUGAAGAUAAACAGUAUUUGGGUAAAACUUAACAUUUUGGACUUUGUUGUGUCAACUCGCCAUCAGCUUCUGUAGUUUAGCUCCACCAUUUUGUUUUAAACUGUUUAAAAGAAUUAAGAUUUAUCACCAAAAUAAGUGCUGGUUGGUGGAUCAGAUACAAGCGGGAUUAAAGACAGACACUCCACAACUCCACUGCUUACACCUCCCUUUUUUACAGUCCAAGAGAACCAAGACUUGUUUACGUUCUUGUGCUUCUGCUGAGUACCCUCCAUGUGUACUGUCUACAUGGUUUGCUGUUUGGUCACGGAGAGAGCACAGCUAUUGGUUGUGGACAAUGGUCACAUCAUUGAAUUUCAAUAUUUGUAUGAGCCAAGACUAAAAAUAUUAAUCAUGUUUGAUUUUAUCGGAACAUUAAGACAAGGAAAGACUGACUUAAGACAACUCAGACUGAGCUUUGUACCACCUUACACCAAACGAUCGAGAUAACAGAAACUUGCACCAACUCUAGCAAAACUCAUGAUUUUACUCCAACACUGGAAAACUGUCUGCUUCAGGGAAAAUUGCUUGAAAACUCUUAUGAAGUAAGGCAGGCAUGACGGUUUCACAGGGCCUCACUGUGAGAUUGACACAAACACAAACCCUGAGGUCGUAAUUUGACAAUAACUACUUCUCUGUUUGGACAGGACCCAGACAACAGGCUUCACAUUCUUUGGCUCGCUGGUGAAAUGCUUAUCUUAACUCGCACAAACACAGAAACACACACAGAGUAAGCUGUGGGAGUGAAAUAGGGAUAAGUGGGUAAAUGAAGCAGACAGAAUUGACUUUCACCACUAUUUAUUGCAAUGCUGAAUACUUACAUACUGUAUGUACAUGUCAGUGUGAUAAAGGAGGGACGGCAGAUGUUAAAGUUUCAGGUCAGCAGGAGUACAUUUUUGCUCUCAGAGUAACCACUGUUUUGUUUUUGGACUUCAACUAUGGAUUGAAUGUUUUUAAUGGGAUGUUGAGUCUAUAGAAUUUCAGAAAAGGCUGAAAACUGCCUUCUUGAGAAGUCGGAACCAGAAAAUAUUUGACAUUUUUGCUCAGUAAUUGACUUAAAAUGAUUAUUUGAUGAUCAAAACUGUUGGUUUCAGCUCAAGACUUUGACAGUUCUCAUGACAAAGUGAUCAUGAAUCACCAAAAUGAAUUCUACUGUAUGUUUUUCUCCCAAUGCAAAUGAAAGCAGGGUCAGACAUUGAUUUGGUGCAGAAUGUUCAAAGAAUGUUGAGUGAAAUCCUUUAUCACCACACAUCUGAUUCACAGUAAUCAUUAUGCCACAUGUGGGGAAACUUCACAAACCCACCUCUCACUGUCCCUGGAAUGUGUGUGUCUGUAAACAGAGCAACGUUCAAUCAGUAAAUCAAGCAGACUGUUAGUCUGUGGAAUGAGGGGAAUUUAUCCACUGCACUUACCUACAGUAUGGAGGGGGAAGCUGAGUUAGCCUCGACCCUCGGGAAACUUUGCAGGAGUCGUGUCGUUGUUAUGAACUGCUGAGAAGUUGGACACGUGACGAGAGGCGAGGCUGAAUUCUUUCUGAACAAAACCAUCUGCUGAGAGAGGACUCGCCCUACCAGAUCUGAUGAUAUUCUCUUGGAGAUGGCGGAUAAUGUGAUGGAUAUUUAACGCUGUUGGGGCUUUAGUUUCAAAACUACACUUUGGUACAUUGUCAAAUGACCUGAAGCUACCAUUUGAUUCACAGAGAAAUAUUUUUCUCACUGGACUGAAUAUUUGUCUUUGCACAUGUUAAAAAUUAAGAUUCCUAUCAGGGAAAAUGUCCAAAGUACUCUGAGAUAUUUAUAGCAAAUCUUAACUUUUCAUCUAUCGUAACACCUCUGUCCUUUCUGCAUUUGUUACAAGUGAAAUAAUGUCACAAUACCUGUGUCUUUCUGUCACACACAAGCCCUGACGUUUGGCAGGUGCUUAUGUUUCUGUGACUGAUUAUGUCAGAUGAACUUGCAGAGCGAGUUCGCCACGAUCUGCAAGAAACACACUGUAUGUAAAUGUUGAAAUAUGUGCUCUCUGAGCUGUCAUAUAUAAGUAUGACA